AAAUGCAACUUUUACUUCCGGUUGAGUUUGACCUCUGUACAAGGUUUUUUGGGUUUAGCAGUAUUCUUGCGUGGUGCUUCUGUUAUCGUACGUCAUCCGUAAUUUUUCUUAGCAGCUCUUGCACUUUGCAAUUCUAUAUCUCCCGGGGAUAUAUUUUGUUUGUCGUAUGUCCAUCCAGAAUCUCAACACAUUCGACCCCUUUGCAGAUGCAAUCAAGGGUUCAGAUGAUGAUGUCCAAGACGGUCUCGUGCAUAUAAGGAUUCAACAACGGAAUGGUCGUAAGACCUUAACCACGGUGCAAGGCCUCUCAUCUGAAUAUGACUUGAAGAAAAUAGUGAGAGCAUGUAAAAAGGAGUUCGCCUGCAAUGGGACAGUAAUCGAGCACCCGGAGUACGGGGAGGUGUUGCAGCUGCAGGGGGACCAGCGAGAAAAUAUAUGCCAAUGGUUAACAAAGUCAGGUCUGGCUAAACCUGACCAACUCAAAGUCCAUGGUUUUUAACCAGCAAACACCCAUGCCACUAUCUAAGAACACACCACCAUCAUCAACACCUUAUCAUCUUAAAUUAUCUGUAUCAGUCACUAAUACUUGUUGAUAUUUCGUGAGAUAUCCUAUUAUAUACACAUAUAUAUUUCAAUAAAAAAUAUAUAACAGUAACGAUAUAGGCACAAUAUUCUAAUCAGACAUUUGUAAGCUUGUAGGAAGCAAUAUUUUACAGCCUUAUGUUAGGUAAUCCACUAAACUCAUCACGUUUAAAGUAGUAGCGAUAACUAACUAGUAAUUUGAGAAAAUACAUAUACAAGGGAUAGAUACAAAUAGUAACGGAUGGCUCUUCUUUUUGGAAUUAGGUAGUAUGUAUCUCGGCGCUAUAGAUGUAUUCAGAGAAAGAUAAAAAAAGAAUUGUUUUAGGCUGCAGAUUGGCUUACUGUGUGUAAUGACGAAUGCUUUGUUUUUUUUUUUUUUAAUAUAUACACUAAGGGUAACAGACAUGAUUUUAUAUUGUCAUCUCCAAGUUUUGUGCCUUUGAUUCCGCAUUGAUUGUAUUAUUUAUUGAAAUGAUCAUCUUUUAUUGUAACGGAUUUUGUAGGGAGAAUUGCCAAUUUUUUCCUUUUUAAUACAGUAUUGACAAAGCGAGAAUUGUUUCCAAUAAAAAUGUGGCUGUUCUAAAUAAAUAAAUAAAUGGUAAUUCACCAAU